UUGGAAUUCAUUAAACGUUUUACCGCACAGCUCGACGUACAAACACACGAUCCGCCGAAUCCGAGUCCGAGUCCGAGUCAAAGCCGAGCUCCCGCAACACACACUAUUUUUAAAUAUAGCGCAGCGCAGAGUCGUGUAAGCCAAUACACAGUUGACAGCCAAACGGCAUCCAGCUAACAGUUCCCAGACUCAUUGUUAUUUGAAUUUGGCUUUCAGUUUCAUUUGACACGCGUUUGCCACAAUAACAAUAAUUAGUUAAAAACCAAAAAUCAAAGAAAGGCAAAAGAAAUUUUCAAAGCCAAUAAUUACAAACAAAAUCGUGUUUCGUGUUGUAAAACCAACAAAACAAAAAACAAAAAAUAACAAGUGCAGUGCCUAAUAAAUCAGUUAAUUAAUUUUUGAAAUAUUUGUUAACUAAUUGCAGCGCAGCCAACAAUUAAGCAUUACAAAAAAAAAAACCUCAACUAAAUCAACAUGAAAUUCUUAGUCACCAUUGCUGCCCUGUGCCUGUGCCUGGCCUUUGCCGCUGGCCAGCAAUAUUUUCUAGGACAAUUCCCCGGCCGAUCCCGCUUCGCCUACGAUCCUUUGGCCCUGGCGCAGCCCUCGCCGGCGCAGAUUCGUGAUCCGCGACAGAACAGAGGACCCGUCGUGUUCCCCCCCUCGCCACCGGAUGCGAUUGAGGAGUCGAGCGGCGUUGUUGUUGGCGCCUCCGGCUUUGGCUUUGUGCCACCUCAGCAAACGGUGGCAGCCGUGGCCGCGGCGGCUGGCGGCGUGGAUCCAACAUAUUUCAGCACCACAUUUCAAACGCCGGACACAUCGUACGCAACGUUCAACUAUUACAGCAAUCCGUACAGUACGAGAUACACAUACUUCUGAGGCGACACAGGGCCGAGAGUGGAGAGUCGAGUCGAGAGUCGAGUCAUGUGUAAGUAGUCAGUUAAUGAGGCGCCUAGGCAAAAUAUCUAAAAAUUUUGUAAAUAAAUGUCUAAAAUAUGCAA